AUGGAAUACCACUCCGUGCCACCAGAGGAGCGCGCGCGAGACGAGAAGGGCAACCUCUUGCCCUGGGGUUACGUCUACAAAGAUGAAUCUCGCAAUCCCCGUCGGCCGCCAGAAGAGACAGGACCUUUCGGCAAGAGAAGGAAUGCGCGAUAUGACCAUGCGCGCUCACGGACACGAACCGGAACACCCGCAAAGCGAGAAAAUGCCAACGUCGCCGAGUUCGGUCGUUUAUUCGCAGUGCAACAAGAGGAGGAAAAGACACAGGGCCUUCCCAAGUCAUCCUCGUCAUCCAGCCUCGACAACCCCCGGAAACAAACCGAAAAAGUUGCGACGGAGUGCAUUCUCUACGGAUACAAGGCCAAAGAUUCCGAGUGGAAGGUGAUCGAUAAAUACGAGCGCAUCUCGCAGGGCCUGAUUUGCGAGGACUACCCGCGCAGUGACCCCAAUUCUGCCAGCCACUACACCCAACUCUUGAGCGGAGGCGACGUGGUAAUCCGCGCCAAUUUGUCGGCCGAUGCAAACCGCAAAUCCAAGCGCUACGAUGGCGGAUAUCACUGGAUCAAGGUCACGUUCGACUCGACCUCUGCCGCGGACCGCGCCUGCUUCUACUCGCCACAGGAGAUUGAUGGGCACCUUGUGUUCUGUGAACUGUAUCAUGGCCACGGCCCAGCUGACGAUGCUGCAAUCCCUGCCGGCUCUUCGACGACCAACAACCUCCGAAACAGAGCGCCGCGGACACUGACGACGUCGCACUCGACGGCUUUCCUCUCGAGCAAGGACCAGGAUCGGUCAACGCUCCCGCGGUCCUUCGCAAUGAACAAUCUGUCAAGCGUUGCAGAUGUUACAGAGGUGGAUGAGGAACAAUCACUGAACUCGAGCACGACAACCGCGACAUCUGGGACGGCAACGGUGACAGGAGCAUCGACUGGCAUCCAGCUCACGUCCUCAGUCCAGCAACGCCAUGUCGCUGCGGAGCCGAAGCCAGAGUCAGAUUUCAUGACGCACAUUCCUACCGUCCGCCGCACGAAGCUCCGCCCCUUGACUGAAGCUCUCCCGCCCCAGCCGACGCUCACCGAACGUGUGCUUCGAUCGAUCCCCAUCCUGAGCUGGUUCACCGGUGAUAUUGUGGGCGACGGGCCGCAACUUCGCGAAGACGGCACGUUUGAUUACGACAAGUCUAAUGCGUACUGGCGCUUCUGGUACAUGGUGGACAAGAUCCUGGGCUCUGAUAUCUGUGGGCUGAAGGAGGAGUCAUGA